AUGGGCCGAAAGGAGAACCCCGUGCACCAUAAGCUUUCUCGACCAGGUGAGCCAGACUGGCGAUCUUUAAACGAUCGCAUUGGCCGUCGGCGAGUCCAGAAUCGCCUCGCCCAGCGCGCAUAUCGUAGGUUUUCUCUCGGUUCUCUCUCAUGCCUCGCUGAUCUCGCCCAAGACGGGCGCAGACCCAGUGCCGAAGCAAGGAGGCUGACAUUCUCACGAUUAGGGCAGAGCACCAAAAGUCAAUCUUCACAGUUGGCUCGACUAGAGAGUGAGUUAUCUGAAAUGCAGAAAGAGAUUCGAUAUUCGGAGCCAAUAAGCGACUGCGUGGAGGGGAUGCAGCUAUCCGAAGACAACUGUUCUUCUGCCAACAAAACCGUUGAAAACCCACCGCCUGCACCCACGUCUCUUAUACACUUGGCGGUGGAGCAGGGCCAUGUCGGUGUGUUGAGAGCUCUCUUGGAUAACGAUAGCGAAAGAAAAAGAAUAAAUGCCGUUGAUGCCAGCAAUCAGACUCCACUCCACAAGGCAUUGGAAAUUGGCCAGUUGGAGGUAGCACGGGUCCUCAUUGAAUAUGGAGCACAGUUGGGGAACAUUGUCGACAGCAACUCUCUAUCACCCCUUCGCGUUGCUUAG